AGGUACCUCAGUGACUUUGCCAAUUGUGAGCUGCCUCACCAUGGACCUGUGCAAACUAGCUUUGCUCCUGGUAGCCCUAACCUGCACUGCAUCCGAACCUCCCACCGUCAUCCCAGAUCAGACCUGUGUCAUCGGUAAAGGUGAAGCAUACCGAGGCACCACUGCUGUAACUGAAUCUGGCAAAACAUGCCAGAGGUGGUCGGCUCAGACGCCACACCAACACAGCCACACACCAGACAACUAUCCUGACAAAGGCCUGGUUAACAACUAUUGUCGUAACCCUGAUGAUGAGAAGAAACCCUGGUGUUACACUACUGACCCUGACAGCCGCUGGGAGUACUGCAGUGUGCAGAGCUGUGAGGAUGCAGCCCGACCAGCAUCCGAACCUCCCACCAUCAUCCCAGAUCAGACCUGUUUCACCGGUAAAGGUGGAGCAUACCGAGGCACCACUGCUGUAACUGAAUCUGGCAAAACAUGCCAGAGGUGGUCGGCUCAGACGCCACACCAACAUAGCCGCAAACCAGACAACUAUCCUGACAAAGGCCUGGUUAACAACUACUGUCGUAACCCUGAUGAUGACAAAAAACCCUGGUGUUACACUACUGACCCUGACAGCCGCUGGGAGUACUGCAGUGUGCCACGCUGUGAGGAUGCAGCCAGACCAGAUCAGACCUGUUUCACCGGUAAAGGUGGAGCAUACCGAGGCACCACUGCUGUAACUGAAUCUGGCAAAACAUGCCAGGGCUGGUCGGCUCAGACGCCACACCAACAUAGCCGCACACCAGACAACUAUCCCGGAAAAGGCCUGGUUAACAACUACUGUCGUAACCCUGAUGAUGAGAAGAAACCCUGGUGUUACACUACUGACCCUGACAGCCGCUGGGAGUACUGCAGUGUGCAGAGCUGUGAGGAUGCAGCCCGACCAGCAUCCGAACUUCCCACCGUCAUCCCAGAUCAGACCUGUGUCACCAGUAAAGGUGAAGCAUACCGAGGCACCACUGCUGUAACUGAAUCUGGCAAAACAUGCCAGAGGUGGUCGGCUCAGACGCCACACCGACAUAGCCGCACACCAGACAACUAUCCCGGAAAAGGCCUGGUUAACAACUACUGUCGUAACCCUGGCAAUGAGAGGAGACCCUGGUGUUACACUACUGACCCUGACAGCCGCUGGGAGUACUGCAGUGUGCAGAGCUGUGAGGAUGCAGCCCGACCAGCAUCCGAACUUCCCACCGUCAUCCCAGAUCAGACCUGUGUCACCAGUAAAGGUGAAGCAUACCGAGGCACCACUGCUGUAACUGAAUCUGGCAAAACAUGCCAGAGGUGGUCGGCUCAGACGCCACACCGACAUAGCCGCACACCAGACAACUAUCCCGGAAAAGGCCUGGUUAACAACUACUGUCGUAACCCUGGCAAUGAGAGGAGACCCUGGUGUUACACUACUGACCCUGACAGCCGCUGGGAGUACUGCAGUGUGCCACGCUGUGAGGAUGCAGCCCGACCAGAUCAGACCUGUGUCACCAGUAAAGGUGGAGCAUACCGAGGCACCACUGCUGUAACUGAAUCUGGCAAAACAUGCCAGAGGUGGUCGGCUCAGACGCCACACCGACAUAGCCGCACACCAGACAACUAUCCCGGAAAAGGCCUGGUUAACAACUACUGUCGUAACCCUGGCAAUGAGAGGAGACCCUGGUGUUACACUACUGACCCUGACAGCCGCUGGGAGUACUGCAGUGUGCAGAGCUGUGAGGAUGCAACCCGACCAGGUAUAACAGUACUCAAUUAUGAGGUUUUUACCCAGUAA